UUUAAAAAAAGGGAAAGUUGUGAGAUUUUGGUGGCAAAUAUAAAAACAACGCCCAUCUGAGGAAGUUCGACUAGUUUCUUUCGACGGUGCCAGCAAGUCACUUGUUUCGCUGUCCAUCUGUUCGUUAUUUUAAAAAUGAAAAACGUCACUGUAAUUUGUUUUCUACUUAUCGGAGUUAUGGCAGUGAUGAUAAGUGCUCGGCCAUCAGUGUACGGUUAUGGGGCUGACUACGGAGGUUAUGGAUUUGUCGAUUAUCAACCUCCUCAUUAUGGUUCCGGCUAUGAUAAAUAUGUCUUUGGCAAUUAUGAGGGACACGCGGGACAUUACGACUACAGCAGGAUCUUGAACAACUACCAACAUGGAAGCGACUCGAAAAGGGACUAUCUCCAAACGCCUUACGGCUAUGGUCAACCUUACGGCUAUGGUCAACCUUACGGAAUAUAUUAAUCUCACUUAAAAUAUAGACAUUAUAAAAUUAUCUGUAUGAACUGCUCGCCAUAUUGUGAUCUAUAGAUUCAGUUGUAUAUGAAUAUCAGAUGAAUAUAUCGUUAACAUAG